AUGAGAGUUGGGGCAAUUAACAACAAUUAUCCCUUUCAUUUUUCCUUUGCUUUUCCAUGGCAUGAUGCCAUAAGAUAUGCUGAUUUUUGUGGUGAACUUCCUCAACAAACAAAGGAGCGUGAAGAAAAAGUGUUUGCAACUUUACACAUUGGAGAUGUAAAGCCUACAAAACUUUUCAACGUCAUUUGCAGGAUUUCAUUCUUUAAAAUAAAAAGAAAAUCUUUACAUGAAAAACAAAACAUUUCUAAGUUUGAGAGUAAAAGUGGUCACAACAAUAGAAAAACAAUAAAUAAACAAACAUGUGGACAUGAUUGUAUCCAUGUUGAGCUGACUUUAAAACACCCCCAAUUAACAUGUAGCUUCUCUUCUACAUGUUCCCCAUUUUCAACAGAAGCUUAA